UAAAGAAAAGAAGAAGAGAUAGAAGAAAAAAGACGAACUAAUAUAUAAUAAUAGAAUAUUAUUUAUACUGUGAUAUAUAGCCAAGCAUUGUUUUGUGUCUGCAAACCAGUAAUUGGACAAACGAAUCAGCAGUAAACCAAGCACCAGCAGCAAACCAAUUGCGACAACAACAACAGCAACAGCAGCAGCAACAACAAGAGGAAAGUCAGCCAGCAACAGCAGCAACAGCAGCAGGAAAAGCAAAAGCAAAAGCAGCAGCAAAAUGCCACUCUUUGGUAAAUCACAGAAGACGCCUGCCGAAUUGGUCAAGUCGCUGAAGGAGGCGAUAAACGCACUGGAAUCGGGUGAUCGGAAGGUGGAGAAGGCGCAGGAGGAUGUUAGCAAAAAUCUGGUGUCGAUCAAGAAUAUGCUGUACGGCAGCAGCGAUGCGGAACCGCCAGCGGACUAUGUGGUUGCCCAGCUGUCGCAGGAGCUGUAUAACAGUAAUUUACUGUUGCUGCUCAUACAGAAUCUGCAUCGCAUCGAUUUUGAGGGUAAGAAGCAUGUGGCGCUCAUAUUUAAUAAUGUGCUGCGCCGGCAGAUUGGCACACGUUCGCCCACAGUGGAAUAUAUAUGCACGAAACCGGAAAUAUUAUUUACACUGAUGGCCGGCUAUGAGGAUGCGCAUCCGGAGAUAGCCCUCAAUUCGGGCACAAUGCUGCGCGAAUGUGCACGCUAUGAGGCGCUGGCCAAGAUCAUGCUGCAUUCGGAUGAGUUCUUUAAGUUCUUUCGGUAUGUGGAAGUGUCGACAUUUGACAUCGCCUCCGAUGCCUUCUCCACGUUCAAGGAGCUGCUGACACGCCACAAGCUCUUGUGCGCCGAAUUUCUGGACGCCAAUUAUGAUAAGUUCUUUGCCCAGCAUUAUCAGCGAUUGUUGAACUCGGAGAACUAUGUGACACGACGCCAGAGUCUGAAGCUGCUCGGUGAACUGCUGCUGGACAGGCACAAUUUCACCGUUAUGACGCGAUAUAUAUCGGAGCCAGAGAACCUGAAGCUGAUGAUGAACAUGCUCAAGGAGCGAUCGCGCAACAUACAGUUCGAGGCGUUUCAUGUCUUCAAAGUGUUUGUCGCGAAUCCGAACAAACCGAAACCGAUACUGGACAUCCUGCUGCGCAAUCAAACGAAACUGGUCGACUUUCUGACCAGCUUCCAUACGGAUCGGUCCGAGGACGAGCAGUUCAACGACGAGAAGGCAUAUCUGAUCAAGCAGAUAAGGGAGCUGAAGCCGCUGCCCGAGGCUUAGUUGGCAGCGGCAGCGAGAACAAGAACGAGAACAUUUUGGCCUUGGCUGUAUGGCAGGAUGACGAUAGCGAAGACGAAAGCAGGACAACAGACAAAUGACAACUACAACACAUACAUUCGCAGUAUGUGUGCGUGUGUGUGUGUGUGUGUGUGUGCAGGGCGUGGGUUAACCUUAACCACAACCAAAUGCAAAUGCAAUUCCAAUAUACAAACACAAUCACACACACACACACAUACAUAUAUAUGUGGACAAAAGACGAUGACGAUAACCGAUGACCGAUUAACGAUGACUGAUGACCGAUGACGACAGCACUUGUGAGUAACUAAACAAUAAUUUAGACAAAGCAAACAACAAAAUGAUAACGAUAAAGCAAAAUACAUAAGUAGUAACAAACAAGUACACACAUUAAAUUAUGUAUGUAAUAGCGUAAAGGAGUAAAUGCAGCCGCAGCAUGUUGCGAAUUUAACUAAAAAAAAAAAAAACAAAACAACAACAAAAAAAGGAAGAAACAAAAACUCACACACAUACGCAUACUACUUGAUUUUACUCUCUCCAUUCACUGAGCAUAUUGCAUAUUCGCUCCGGCUUCCGUCUAGUUCGCUUUUGAGAUUGUUCAGAGUUCGGUUUGUUGUUGUGGUUCCAGUUCGCGAUCCUCGUGCGCCUGCAGACGUAUAUAGGAACUAUGUAUGUAUGUACACCUCUACCUACCUAUAACUACUGUUACUAUUACUUUGCGUAAACGGUAUAUUAUUAUUAUUUCCAUUUCCGUUUUUUUUUUUUUUCGUGUUUUUCUUUGGCCUAUUUAAAUAGUUGUUGUAUUGAAAUUGAAGCGUUUGUGAAACGUUAUAUCCAGGACAAUGAAGAUAAUAUGAGUUUUGACUUACAAUUUAGACAUUAAACAUUUCAAAUGUGCGCCGAAAUUUACAAAUUGCGGUAAAUUAUUAUUAUUAAAUAUGUAUGAAGGAAAUACCAAUUGUAAUUUCACCUAAAAACUUCAUUCAGAAUACUGCAUAAUAAUUAUAUGAAGUUAUAAUUGAAAAAAAAAAAAAAA